UAUUCCCCCUGGCAUCGCGUUGGGUGGAUGAGGGGAGGAGAGGAGCAGCCCGGCUGCGGGAGGUUCGUGGUCCCAGCGGUGUGAGAAGCGAGGGCCGCCCCGGAGGGGCUCAGAGGCGGGGGCAGCAGCGGGGGCAGCGGCCACCCUGGCGUCACGGCCACCCCCUGUGCUGAGGAUCCGAGCAGAGCGCGGGCGCUCCUUUGCCAGCCCAGCCAGAGCAAAUCCCUCCAGGCGCGUGGUGAGCACGCCGCGCUCGGACGGCGCCCUUUUGGCACGGUGCAGACACAGGGAUCCCGGAGCUGCCCGCAUUCCUCGGGAUCAACCCGGCCAGGGAAAGUCUUCCCUGCCCAACCCCGCAGACGCAGCUGGCACAGCCCCUCUCCUGGUUCCGACGCUCGUAUCACGGCUCCGACGUGCGGACCGCUUCCGUCAGCCGCUCCCGACGGGUUCCUGCGCUGUUCCUGCACUCCGUGGAGCUGCGGGAGCGUUUCGGAGCCCCGCACCGCUAGGUGGCAACAGCUGCCCGCACCGCGGGGCUGAGCGGGACGGACGGACGGACGGACGGAAUGGGCGCAGCCCCCGGCCCCUCCCAGAGCCCCAGGUGCUGCCAUCGGCGGACGGCGGCUCCGCGGCUCCCGGCUGUUUCCAUCCGAGGACGCUCCGCCUGCACUGAGCCCCCGGGAGAAGCGUGGUGUCUGUAGGGAGGUGCCACCCCCGGCUGCCACCCGGCCCGGGCUGGGCUCACGCAGGUCGCCACUGGGGCAGAGCGCAUCGCAGUGCAGCUUCUCCCUUUCGGGCGGAGGCCCCGUGCCCGCAGCGAUGGCCCCGUUGGCUGCAGCCCUGCUCUGGGUGCUGCUGCUGCGGCCGCACAGUGCCGGGACGUGGAGAGAGCACAGCCCGCGUCUUCGUGUGGCGUACAGAGAGCUGCUGAAGUCCAACAGCUCCCGGUGGCUGCUGGCCCCAGGGGACACGCCGGGCUCCCAGGCGCUGCUGCUGGAUGAGGACAGGACCUGGCUGAUGGUAGGAGCCAAGAACCACAUCGUCCUGCUGCACCUGGAGCAGCCGGGCAGGGAGCCUGAGAAGAUCUCCUGGCCGGCACCCAGAGCACAGGUAGAGCACUGCCAGCUGGCAGGCAAGGAUGUGGAGACCGAGUGCGCCAACUUCAUCCGCCUCCUGCAGCCCUACAACAGCAGCCAUGUGCUGGCCUGCGGGACCGGCGCCUAUCAGCCCAUCUGUGCCUUCGUGCAGCUGGGAGCCCGCGGGCAGGGUCCUGGGAUCCCCGUGAUGCGGCUGCUGAGCCAUUCCCUGCAGUCGGGGCGAGGACGGUGCCCUUACAGCCCCCGGCAGCCCUUUGCUGCACUGCUGGUCGAUGGGCAGCUGUACUCGGGCACCUCCAGUGAUUUCAUGGGCAGCAGUGCCGCCUUCUUCCGCACCGAGGUCGGCGGGGCUGAGCGGGGCUACAUCCGCACAGAGCAGCACCAGGACCACUGGCUACAUGAGCCCACGUUCAUCGGCGCCUUCGCCAUCCCCGACACCCACAACCCGCAUGACGACAAGGUCUACGUCUUCUUCCGUGAGACGGCCCUGGAGGGUGGGCAGUGGGAGCGGCGGCACAUCCACGCCAGGGUGGCCCGGGUCUGCAAGAACGACGUUGGAGGGAAGCGUGGCCUCAUCAACCGCUGGAGCACGUUCCUCAAGGCCCGCCUGCUGUGCUCCAUCCCCGGGCCCCAGGGCACGCAGACACACUUUGACCAGUUGGAGGACGUUUUCCUCCUCCAAACGCGAGACCCCCAGAACCCCCUCGUCUUCGGCCUCUUCACAGCAUCCAGUGCUGUGUUCAGCGGCUCCGCCGUCUGCGUCUACUCCAUGGCUGCAGUCAGAGCAGCCUUCAGCGGCCCCUUCGCGCACAAGGAGGGCUUCGACCACCGCUGGGUGCAGUACAAGGCCCGCGUCCCCUACCCCCGCCCUGGCACGUGCCCCAGUGAGACGUACGACCCACUGCUGCGCUCCACCAAGGACUUCCCCGAUGAGGUGAUCAGCUUUGUGCGUGCCCACCAGCUGAUGUGGGAGCCCAUCCACCCGCUGGGCCGCCGGCCCGUCCUGCUCCGUGUCAACGUUCCCUACCGGCUGCGGCAGCUGCUGGUGCACCGGCUGGAGGCUGAGGGCCGCCACUACGAUGUGCUCUUCCUUGGCACAGAUGAUGGGAAGGUGCUGAAGGUGGGGCUGCCCGGUGAGGCGGGUGCUGAGGCUGUGAGCCUGGAGGAGAUCAGCGUCACUGAGGUGCCUUCACCCAUCCUGGACAUGAAGCUGUCACCAAAGCGGCAGGAGCUGCUGGUGAGCAGCACACAGGGGCUGCUGCAGCUCUCCCUGUCCCGCUGUGAGCUCUAUGGGCAGACCUGCAUGGACUGCUGCCUGGCCAGAGACCCCUACUGCACGUGGGAUGGCAGUGCCUGCACCUCUGUGCUGCUCACGGAGAAGCGGCGUGCCCGCUGCCAGGACGUGCUGAAGGCCGAUGUGCUCAGCCAGUGCCAGGACACAGCAGAGGGGAUGGCGGCCGUGGAGCAGCCGGUGUUUGGUGUGGAGAAGAACUCCACAUUCCUGGAGUGCCAGGCGCGCUCCCCGCAGACAGCAGUGCGGUGGCUGGCGCGGCGUGGAGAGGGGCUGGAGCUGAGCGAGGUGAGGAGCGGCAGACGCGUGGUGGUGCUGGAGCAGGGGCUGCUGAUCCGCCAGCUGGGCUGGGAGGAUGCCGGCACCUAUGAGUGCCGGGCCGUGGAGCGCUCCUUCUCCUGGCCCCUCACUCGCUACAGCCUGCACGUCAUCCGGCACGAGGCCACGGAGCUGCAGCACCGCCGUGGUAAAGGGGCCGAGAGCACGUGGACAGAGCCGCGGGCGCUGGGGGCACCGGGCAGCGGCGGCCUCGAUGCCUACUGCACCGCACUGCGGCUCCGGGAGCGGCAGCGGCAGAAGGCCUGGCAGCAGAAGUGGCAGCACCGCGCCCCCGAGGGCAAGAGCGGCCGUGUGCGCCGGCAGCCCUGGAGGCUGUAGGGGCACAGAACCUCUCCAAUACGACUACCUCACACCGUGCUGGGACUGUCCGCCUUGGCACAGCUCCUGGACGCAAAGCUUGUGUGCCCUGAGGAGUUGAUUCCCAUUCUUCCCUGGGCAGUUCUUAGCAGCAGUAAGGAAGACAAGCGGUUGAGAAUGGAAAGCAGCCAUUCCUGUGUGUGGUUCCCAGCACCUGGCGGCACCUGGACCUGCGGUGGGCGCAGUG